GUGGAAGCGACUGACUGGCAGAGCAUCAAAGACGCUGGAAUCCGUGGCGGUUUCAACUUGUGGCUCGUCCGAUCAGGCUUAGUUUGAAUUAGUACUGUACGGUAUUACUAAUUAGAUACCAAGGGGCCCAAGGGGCAUGGCAAAAGCAAAUGUCCGGAGACGCUAAGGCGUUUUUGACUUGGUUCCUGAUGAUCAUGUGAUAGCACUAGGCUGAAGGUAUCCAAAUUUUAGUCUGGUGAUGAAGACGUUGUGGCCUUGGUGCCUUACGUUAAAACAUCCUUUGCAGAUCCGGUUCCAUUAUACAAGUCUCCUUUUUCACGACUUCACUUUACUCUCUCACUACCGCUGAAAUAGCAAGUCCUUUGAAAGAUCAUUUGGUAUUGGAUCAGUUCGAAAGCACCAAAUGCGCAGACAAUCUUGAAGGGCUAUUUGAGUAUACAGCCAGAUGCGGAUUCCUUGAUCUGAAAACCCCCGGGGAAGUGUUAAUACUCCCCUGAGGUAUAACCCGCAUGGCAUUCGUCCGCUCGAGAUCAGUCUCCUCAUUGCCGCUUAACCCAUGGCAAUUCAAAACCCGCCGUCGGGAGGCCAAGUCCGAGUCCAGGAAGCGCAAGAAGGAGUAUGAGACAGGGGAGGAUGAGGAUGAUACUCACAACGGCGACGGUGGCUGGACCACAGAUGCUGUAUCUGACCUAGGGACCGCAGCUCCUUCUGCCAUUCUGUCGCCCGAAGAGGCACACCAGUAUCGCGUUGCUGGUCUCGGUUUCGGUGAGGAAUUACCUGGUGGACAUUUCCCACAUGGUCCAGCAAAGACGAAGAGUCGAGGUGUCGAAAGCCUUUCACGACAUGAACUCAUUUCUCAAUCUGCAGCGCAUCAAGGAAAUCUUCGACAUCAGCAUCUAGCAGUAUUAAUGAGCUUACUUGAUCGAUGUCUUGCCAACGGUGACUAUAUCCGUGCGGGUCGUGCAUGGGGAUUGAUAAUCCGCGAACAUUUCGGAGGGCGCCCUAUAGACAUACGAGUUGGCGGUCGAUGGGGCAUUGGCGCCGAGAUUCUUCUACGGCAGGGCCAGCAGAAGUCUACUGAACCACCUGAAAGCGACAGAGGGGCUUUGCUUUCGAUUCUUCUACGGCAGGGCCAGGAGAACUCUACUGAGCCACCUGAAAGCGACAAAGAGGCCAGUGGAAGAGCGGAGGAACCCGACGAACUUUUGUUCACCAGGGAUGGAUUCGAAAACGCCAAAUUAUAUUAUGAAACGCUCAUCAUUCAACAUCCGUAUCAAAAAACGAUGCCCAACGCUACCAGCGCAUUACACUUUUACCCAGUCAUGUUCAGCCUGUGGAUUUAUGUCACGCAGGAGGAGAGCGCACAUGCGCGAAAAACUCUUGAUAAGAGAGAUUUAAAAUCAUCUACAGAGGCUUCAGACGAGGAGGACGACCAAUCUGACCCCGAACACCACGCCUAUCGAUCGGCCAGGCGUCAGAGCAUGGUAGCGGGCAUUAGGGCAAAUGAGCUGGUCGAAGCUCAGAAAAUUGCGGCGAGGAUAGACGAAAUUAUCCUAUCACCACCCUACUCGGAUAGUCCCGAACUGCUUGAGCUACGGAGCAUGGUGUCCUUGUGGAUUGCCGAUUUGUUCGUGUCAAGUUUGCCUUCUGGAGGAAAUGAUGGUGGCACUCUCGAGGAUCAGAACACGAGAGAAGACGAUUCCGACGGCGACGAUGUUUUUAUGUCCACAGAAACCCAGUACGACUCUGUGCAAGCGAGGCGAGACCGGAGGCUGGCUAUGGAGAAAAAGCAAAUGGAGAUGGAGAAAUCGCAAGAAUUCCUGGAAAGGGCCCAACUGCGGAAACAGGGGGUUGCUUCGAAACUAGAGGAUUUUCAUAUUGACACGGACGAUGACGAUGACAUUUCUCUUCAUUCUGUCGAGCCAUAUUGAAUGUGUGGGUGCAUACAAAAUCCGAGCAGCAGAACUAAUGAAUAUAUAAAGUAACACGAGGUUAUCCUUCAAUUACCACUUCGCCUGCAAUAUCUGCUGCUCGAAAAUUAAAUCUUUCCUUGCUCGCAUGAUGAAUCUAAAAACUCAAUUAGACAAUCUUCAAAGAUAUAACCUGCCAUUGUGCUACAAGGAGCAUGUGGUGUAACUUAUGCC